ACGUUUUCUAUUUCCUUAAUACCUGCCCUAAUACACUCCAGGCAAAUAUUAUAUGAACUUGGACAAUAGUAAAUUAAUUAGUUAAUUAAAUUUUUAUCUAUUAUAAGCACAGUCGAAUAUAUUGCGUCAGCAAGGAAACUGUAAUGAGAAAUGAAAUGUGGUCCUGCCUCGUUCGAAUGCAUCACUACAUAUUUGUAGCCGUUACGUUGGCCUUGUAUCCACUGUUGGAAAAUCUUCAACCACCAUUUAUUCUCCACUCAGCUGUGUCUUCCCCUCUUAUAAUAACACUAAUUGCUUCCAUCAUCAUCCAUUACCCAAUAAUUAUCACUCAUCACAUUUUAAUCUUAUCCUAAAAAAAUCAUCACAACACGUGACCAUGAUUCAUAGAAUCCGAUUAAUCCAGAAAUGCAACAUCGUACACCGGAUUGCAGUAGAGACGACUUUCCUUGUUUGGUCAAUCAGAUUCAACUCAAAUUCCCCAAUUUCUUUAAUUUAAGGCCGAGCUGAGCUGAGCUGAAGCGAAGAGCAAAAAUCAAAAUGGUUGAAGCGACAGCAACCGGCGGCGGCGGCGGCGGCCGGCUGCGCUUCGCGGCGCACGUGAUACGCGGGCGGUGGUUCUCCCUCUUCGCGUCGUUCCUGAUCAUGGCCGGCGCCGGCGCCACGUACCUCUUCGGCGUCUACUCGAAGGAGAUCAAGGCGUCGCUGGGGUACGACCAGACCACGCUCAACCUCCUCGGAUUCUUCAAAGACCUCGGCGCCAACUUCGGCGUGCUGUCGGGCCUCAUCGCCGAGGUCACGCCCACGUGGUUCGUGCUGCUCGUCGGCUCCGCCAUGAACUUCACCGGCUACUUCAUGAUAUGGCUGGCCGUCACCGGCAGGAUCGCCGCCCCCAAAGUGUGGCAGAUGUGCCUCUACAUAUGCAUCGGCGCCAACUCGCAGAACUUCGCCAACACCGGCGCGCUCGUCACCUCCGUCCGGAACUUCCCGGAGAGCCGCGGCAGCAUGAUCGGGCUGCUCAAGGGCUUCACCGGCCUCAGCGGCGCCAUCCUCACGCAGGUCUACCUCGCCGUCUACGGCAACGACUCCAAGGCGCUCAUCCUCCUCAUCGCCUGGCUGCCCGCCGCGCUCUCCGUCGUCUUCGUCUUCACCAUCCGCGAGCUCAAGGUGGUGCGGCAGACCGCCGACGAGCUCAAGAUCUUCUACCAGUUCCUCUACGUGUCGAUCCUGCUCGCGCUCUUCAUCAUGGUCAUGACCAUUCUCCAGAAAGUACUCGUCGGAUUCCCGCCGGCGGCGUACGCCGCCAGCGCCACCGUCGUCUGCGCAGCUCUGUUUGUGCCUCUGCUGAUCGCCAUUAGAGAAGAAUCCAGAGCUUGGAUGAAAGAACCCAUCAUCGUUCCUCCUCCUCAAAUAACAAUAGACAACAACAACAACAACAGCGAAGAAGAGAAAUCAAGAAACAAAACAGAAACAUCCUGUUUCGCGCGAACAUUCUUGAACAAGCCGGAGAGAGGGGAAGACUACACGAUACUGCAAGCCCUUCUCAGCACCGACAUGAUCGUCCUGUUUCUCGCAACCUUCUGCGGCUUAGGUUCGAGCUUAACCGCCGUGGACAACCUCGGACAGAUCGGGGAAUCUCUAGGCUACCCGCAGAAGACGAUCAACACAUUUGUUUCCCUUCUCAGUAUCUGGAACUACUUCGGCAGAAUCUUCGCCGGAUUCGUGUCGGAAUCUCUUCUGAUCAGAUACAAGUUCCCGCGGCCGCUGAUGAUGACGCUGGUGCUCUUCCUCUCCUGCGCCGGUCUCCUCCUCGUCGCGUUCCCGUUCCCGGGAUCGGUGUACGCGGCGUCGGUGAUCAUCGGGUUCUCGUUCGGGGCUCAGCUGCCGCUGAUCUUCGCCAUCAUCUCGGAGCUUUUCGGCCUCAAAUACUACUCGACGCUGUUCAACUGCGGGCAGCUGGCGAGCCCGCUGGGGUCGUACGUGCUGAACGUGAAGGUGACGGGGCCGCUCUACGACGGGGUGGCGCUGAAGGAGUUGAGGGAGAAGGGGGUGAGCAGGUCGGCGGCGAAGGAGCUCGUCUGCAUCGGCGCCGGAUGCUACCGGUCGGCGUUUGUGAUUCUGGCGUCGGUCACCUUCUUCGGGGCGCUGUCGUCGCUGAUUUUAGUGGUGAGGACGAGGGAGUUUUACAAGGGAGAUAUUUACAGGAAGUUCAGAGGCGAAGCUCGGGAAAAUGGGGAUGCAUCUAUCAGCAGAUGAAGAAGAUGUGUUAAUUUUAGGUGAUCGGUUUAAUGUAAUAGCACAAGCGAGAUUGAUGAUAAUUAUCUUCUGUUUUUGCAAAUCUAAUAUUUCAAUCUAAUGGCUUUUGAUAUGAA